UUAAUAAAACCCCACAACCCCCCCCCCCCACUGCUCCUUCCCUCAAACAUGGCUUCUUCUUCUUCCUCCAUCCGUUUCUUUCUCCUCUUCUCUUUCCUCUUCACUCCCACUCUCGCUCGUUUCUCUCCGGAGUUCACCACGGCCAGCCUCGAUGUCUCUUCUUCCCUUCAACAAGCUCACCAUAUUCUUUCUUUUGAUCCCCAAUCUGUAGAGGCCUUCUAUCAGGCCCAACACCAACCCCUUUUCUUCAACUCUUCUUCUUAUUCUGUUUUCUCUGUUCCACUUCACUCUCGGGGUUCCGUACACAAAACCCAUCACACCGACUACAAAAACCUUGUCCUAUCACGACUCGAGCGUGACUCCGCCAGAGUCGACUCGAUCACUACUAAACUCCUCUUCGCGCUUAACGGGGUCAAGAGAUAUGAGUUGAAGCCGGUGCCGACCGAGAUCCAAGCUGAGGCGCUUUCUACCCCGAUUAUUUCGGGGACCAAUCAAGGAAGUGGAGAGUAUUUCACCCGGCUCGGAGUCGGUAACCCGGCGAAGCAAUACUACAUGGUUCUCGAUACCGGGAGUGAUAUUAAUUGGAUCCAAUGUGAACCUUGUUCUGACUGUUACCAACAAUCCGACCCGAUUUUCAACCCAUCCGGAUCCUCUACUUACAGUCCGGUUACUUGCGGGUCGAGGCAGUGUACUUCUCUCGAAGUUUCCGCUUGUCGUAGCGGGAAAUGCAUGUACCAAGUCUCGUACGGGGAUGGGUCUUAUACUGUCGGCGAGUUCGCCACCGAUACGGUGUCGUUUGGAAAAUCCGGGAGCAUCAAAGGCGUCGCUUUGGGUUGUGGCCAUGAUAACGAAGGCUUGUUUGUCGGAGCGGCGGGGUUGAUUGGACUCGGAGGUGGCUCAUUGUCUUUAACUUCGCAGAUCAAAGCGACAUCGUUUUCUUACUGUUUAGUAGAUCGUGAUUCGAGCGGUUCGUCGACUUUGGAUUUCAACUCGGGCUUACCGGCCGACUCGGUGGUCGCUCCAUUGAUGAAGAGCGGGAAGAUCAAUACUUUUUAUUACAUCGGUCUGACCGGGUUCAGCGUAGGUGGACAACCUGUUAAACUCGCACCGGGUCUCUUCGAUAUGGACAAAUCGGGUGAGGGAGGCGUCAUCAUCGACUGCGGGACCGCCAUAACUCGGCUGCAAACUCAGGCUUACAACGCGCUCCGAGAUGCGUUCGUGAAACUGACGAAGGGCUUGCCGACCACGAGCGGGGUGGCGUUGUUCGACACGUGUUACGACCUUUCUAAGAGAAGCAGCGUGAAGGUGCCGACGGUGUCGUUUCAUUUCGGCGGUGGGAAAUCGAUGGAUUUACCUGCAAAGAACUACCUAAUCCCGGUGGACUCUUCGGGGACGUUUUGCUUCGCGUUUGCUCCUACGUCGUCGUCUAUGUCUAUUAUUGGGAAUGUGCAACAACAAGGGACACGUGUCAGCUUCGAUUUGGCUAACAAUAAGAUUGGAUUCUCUUCUCAUAAAUGUUGACACAGUAAUUAGUUUAUAAUUACCCUCUCCUGCCCUUUUAACCUUUGGUAAAAAAAAGGUUUAACUAGUUACUUUAUAAGAUUUCUACUUUUAAGUGUAAUAUUGUAUCAGUACUUUUUCUAGUUAUGGAAAAUUGAAUGCGGGGGAAGGUUAAAAAAUGUUCGGGUCCCACUCGAACACAUUCCGGAACAAA